AUGCGAGAUGCCCGAAAUGGCGCCUCGGUGCACUGGUCACAGCACCGACCAUUAAGCAUCCAGGAGGUUCAGCACACACAGGGCUACCCCGAUCAUGAAUCGAUUAUAGGAUCACUAAGUGAGCAGCGGAAGAUCAUUGGCAACGGUGUCGACCGCAAGGCGUCGUUACUGUGUGUUGCUCUACGCAAUGCAUUAACCCUCUCAAGGCGUAUGCCAGACCCAAGCGAAGUCUUGGAGAACGAGGUCGAGCUCGUUAUCGAUAUCGAAGAAGAGUCGAAAGAACAUUUGUUGGAAGCGAGUGAACACUCAAUCGUUGAUGUGCCGUGAGAAGUCAAUCCAUCCUCAUCGAUGUCGUCGUCGGCUGAUUCGUUCUCAUCAACACGCGAAACUAGAAAGAGGUUCGAUCUAGUAAUAUUUCUCGAUGGAGCGUACGAUGUUAAGAUACCACCGAUCGCAUCACCGAAAGGACCAGCGCCCACAGAAGGCUUCUUCCCUCUCUCUGCCGGCUUUCGCCAC